AGAGAGAGAGAGAGAGAGAGAGAGAGUCAGCAGGGACCACUAGCUGUGUGGGACUGGGACAGAAGCACCAGUUUUCAGACAGCUGAAUCCCAGAGAGACUGGGAGGACAGAGAGGGACACAGGAAAGGAGACAGCCACAGGGUUAGCCUGUCUCUCUGUGGCUUACCUCUAGAGGUGACCUAGUUAUUAUCUAUACUGGAACUAAGUGGUAUCAGGAGGACAAUAAAGGCUAAUAACUUCUAGUUACCUGGGCCUCAGUGGAUUUUACCUGUAAUGGCUCACCUAAUGUGAUACCUGUGGAUAUCUCACUGAUAUCAACUUGCUCUGCUACACUGCACAUACCUCUGGAGUUGCGUCUCUCAGCACAGAAAGCUUGCAGUCAGUGAAGUAAUGGAGGCAGUCUUGUUGGGUCUAGACGAGGCGGUCUGCACUCGGCAGGGUCUGCUGUCGACUCUCACCUCAACAGCCCUCCGACGCCUUCGUGUGCAUGCCAGGAACCUUCCUGCACCCCUGCAUCUAUUACACACACACAGGUGUGUUUCAAGGCCACUCUACCAGAUGACAGAGGGGAGGCGAUGUCAGGUCCAUCUCCUGGACGACAGGAAGCUGGAGCUCCUUGUACAGCCCAAGCUGAUGGCUAAGGACUUGUUGGACCUUGUGGCCUCUCACUUCAACCUCAAGGAGAAGGAGUACUUUGGAAUUGCAUACACAGACGAAACGGGCCAUUUUAGUUGGCUGCAGUUGGACCGCAGGGUAUUAGAACAUGAGUUCCCCAAGAAGUCUGGUCCCAUUGUCCUCUACUUCUGUGUCAGGUUCUACAUAGAGAGUAUAUCCUACCUGAAGGACAAUGCCACUAUUGAACUGUUUUUCCUUAAUGCAAAGUCCAUCAUCUACAAGGAGCUUAUUGAAGUGGACAGUGAUGUUGUCUUCGAAUUGGCUUCCUUUAUUCUACAAGAGGCUAAAGGUGAUUUCACCAGUAAUGAUGCAACCAGGUCUGACCUGAAAAAGCUGCCCGCUUUGCCCACCCAGGCCCUAAAGGAGCACCCAUCUCUAGCCUACUGUGAAGACCGGGUGGUAGAGCAUUACAAGAAGCUCAAUGGGCAGUCCAGAGGGCAAGCUAUUGUAAAUUAUAUGAGCAUUGUAGAGUCUCUCCCCACAUAUGGAGUACAUUACUAUGGUGUUAAGGACAAGCAGGGGAUCCCAUGGUGGUUGGGUCUGAGCUAUAAAGGCAUCUUUCAGUAUGACCACCAAGACAAAGUCAAACCCAGGAAGGUGUUCCAAUGGCGUCAGUUGGAGAACCUCUACUUCAGAGAGAAGAAGUUUUCAGUGGAAGUUCAUGACCCCAGGAGGGCGUCGGUGACAAGAAGGACGUUUGGCCACAGUGGCAUCGCUGUGCAUACGUGGUACGCCUGUCCGGCCCUCAUCAAGUCCAUCUGGGCCAUGGCUAUCAGCCAACACCAGUUCUACCUGGACCGCAAGCAGAGCAAGUCUAAGAUCCAUGCUGCGCGGAGUUUGAGUGAGAUCGCUAUAGACCUUACGGAAACAGGAACUCUGAAGACCUCCAAACUUGCCAACAUGGGAAGCAAGGGCAAAAUUAUAAGUGGCAGCAGUGGCAGUCUGCUCUCGUCAGGCUCUCAGGAAUCGGACAGCUCCCAGACAGCUAAGAAGGACAUGCUGGCAGCCUUGAGGGCCAGGCAAGAAGCUCUGGAGGAAACGCUAAAAAAGAGACUCGAGGAACUCAAGAGCAUCUGCAUCAGGGAGGCGGAGCUGACAGGAAAGCUUCCAAAGGAAUAUCCUCUGGAUCCAGGAGAGGAGCCGCCCACAGUGAGGCGGAAGAUCGGUACCGCCUUCAAACUGGACGAGCAGAAAAUUCUUCCUAAGGGAGAGGAAGAGGAACUGGAGCGUUUGGAGCGGGAGUUUGCUAUUCAGUCCCAGAUUACAGAGGCAGCCAGGCGUCUUGCCAGUGAUCCCCACGUGAGCAGUAAGAAGCUGAAGAAACAGAGGAAGACUUCUUAUCUGAACGCACUGAAGAAGCUCCAGGAAAUUGAGAACUCUAUCAAUGAGUACCGGGUCCGCUCUGGCAAGAAGCCUACACAGAGAGCGUCGCUUAUCAUAGAGGAGGCCAAUAUUGGUUCUGAAGAUAGUUCAUUGUCUGACGCACUGGUUUUGGAUGAUGAUGAUCCUCAAGUUACAGGUACUCCAACCUUCUCUCCAGUAGCAUCGCCUCAUAAGGGCCUCCCUCCUCGACCACCAUCUCAUAGUCGGCCCCCUCCACCGCAGUCCCUGGAUGGCCUGCGACACCUGCACUACUCACGCCCUGACUACGAUAAAUCACCCAUCAAACCCAAGAUGUGGAGUGAAUCGUCACUGGAUGAGCCCUAUGAAAAAGUCAAGAAACGCUCCUCUCAUUCCAGUCACAGGCGUUUCCCAAGCUCUGGCAGUGCAGAAGCAGGGGGUAGUAACUCUCUGCAGAGCAGUCCCAUCAGGAGCCUCCCUCACUGGAACUCUCAGUCCAGCAUGCCGUCAACCCCGGACCUGAGGACCAGGACCCCACACUACGUACAUUCCACUAGGUCAGUGGACAUCAGUCCCACACGUCUGCACAGCCUCGCUCAGCACUUUAGGAACCGCAGCUCAAGCCUUGAGUCCCAGGGCAAACUGUUGGCGCCCGAUCCUGACGCACACCCGCACACCGUGGGCACACUGGGCAGCCCUGACUUUUUCUUGGUCCCAGGACGCAACUCCAAUGGCUCUGACCCACUGGACGACUGCUCAUCCUGCACCAGCCAAAGCAGCUCAGAGCAUUACUACCCCUCUGGGGGCCCUGGCAGCAACCCCAAUUACUCUACUCUGGGGGAGGACUCACCCUCCAAAGCCAGGCAGAGGCAGAGGCAAAGGCACAGGUCGGCAGGUCACCUGGGUUCCUCUAACUCCGGUUCCAUGCCAAACCUGGCAGCUAAAAACGGCUCUGGUGGAGGCUCGGGUGGAGGGGGGAUGGGAGGGGGACACCACGGAGUCUACCUCCACAGCCAGAGCCAGCCCUCCUCCCAGUACCGCAUCAAGGAGUACCCACUUUACGUGGAGGGCAGCCCCAACCCUGUGGUGGUGCGCAGCCUGGAGAGCGAUCAGGAGGGCCACUACAGUGUCAAGGCCCAGUUCAAGACCUCCAGCUCCUACACAGCCGGGGGACUGUACAAGGAGGCCUGGGGGGGAGACGAGGGAGGAGAGGGGAGCGGCCGACUCACGCCGUCGCGCUCUCAGAUCGUACGGACACCGUCAUUGGGGCGAGAGGGUGGUGGAAGCGGAGCAGGGGGGAGAGCAGCAGUGUCUGAAGAGCUGCGGUGCUGGUACCAGAGGUCCUCAGGGAGCCUGAAGGAGAGGAGUCACUCACACUCGGGAUCUACCUCCUCUGAGACAGGGUCACAGCAAGGCACUCUGGGACAUGGUCGAGGGAGUAGAGUAGGGACACUCGCCAAGGGCUCACCAGCUGCAUCCCCUCACAGCCAGAGGAGUAUGACGCCCUCCAGCGAACACGCAGCCACACCCACACCCACACCCCCCUGUAGCCCACAGCACAUCCUCAACUGGCAGAGCGGAGGCACAGCAGACAGCUCUCCUACUGAGGACGUCUGUCAGUCUCCCCCUCAGCCCAGCUCUGAUGCAUAGAGGUCUUUCAGUGACAGCUGUUUUCUCAGCAGCCCCCUGUGUUCAGAGCUGGCAGAUGUGCAGUGGUACGGACACGAUAAGGCCAAACCUGGAACCUUGGUCUGAGACCUUCUUAUAGGGCCCAGAAAAGUCCCAUUGCCCUCUCCUACUGCCUCUGUCCUGCCCUGACUGGACUGGCGGACUGGACAUGAGCCUCUAUCCUCCCUAAAUCCUGCCCUCCAUCCAUCCCACCACCUCUUUAUUAUGCCCCUCUAUCACAGCUCAGCUGGACAGGGACACACUUGCUGCGCUCUGAUAAGGGCCGAUUUCACAGGACAGACUGAGAAGUGCCACCUCAGCUGUUGAACUGUUGCCAUACAGCCAGCACCACAGAGCCCAUUCUUUACUCACCCUCAGCACACAAGCAAGGAGGAAAAGGAGCGAUGGGAAGAGAGAGCACAGAAAAAUAUCAAACAUACAACUCAAACUCAACAGAACCAACAUCGGCCAUUCCAGGAUGUGUUUCAUAUCUUAUCUUUGGUCCCCCGACCUAAACUAACUCCAGUGCACUGCCACCCAAUCAGAGGAUACCUGCUGGAUUUGAGCCACCAGUUUAAAACCCAUCCCCAGGCCUAAAUGAACUGUGUUGGAUUUCAUUAUUGCUAUUAAUGGUGUUUGUCUUUUUUGUUUAUUUGUCCCAGCGUAUUUAUAAGAAGAGAAGAUUACACAGACUUUUCAAAAAAUCUGGAUUAACAAACAUUUAGAUGACAAAUUCAACUCCUCUCAGUUUAACCCACAACCAAAGACAAUUUACUGGAUUACCUGGUCACACUGGGCUGGGGUCCCUGCAGAAAAGUGACUGUCAGCCAACUGUAUGUGAGUGCAUUCACAGUGACAAUAUCAGGAUGGUUUAUGGGACUCUAUCUGGGGUAUUGAUGAGGACUAUAGCAAUAACAAACAUUGUUCAAGUAUAUGAACUGGUUUAAAUCAACAGAGUGAAUUGAAGAAGGCAUUUUGCUGUGUUCUCUGCCUUGUGAUGCUUGGAGUAAAAGAUCAUAAGUGCAUCAUAGGGAGAAUUUGGAGUUGUGGUUAUUGGGUUUGGCAUUAAUCUAUGCUUAUUUUAAGUGACUUCAUCAAUCAUGACAAUUUAAUGUCUUUGGUCUUUUCAAGAUUUCUAUGUUCACAUGUUUAGUCCACAAUUACUGCAACAUUUGAUCCGGAUUCUGCCUUUCCACAUUUUUCAUUUUCAACCCUGAAAGUAAAAGAUUUCUAGCUGUUGACAUCUGUUGGCAUUACUUGUGUUUGAUAUUGAGUUUUUUCAGUGAUACAUCUCUGUAGUGAAUCAUCUUUUCUAUCACAAGUGUCUCUUCUUCUCCGUUGGUCUUGGCUCUAUACCGGAUCUCACCACACUGAGUAUCUGUCGAUCCAUUUUAGUGGCAUUGUGCUUUCUCAUCUUUCUGUUCAUCUCUUCAACAUGACAGGAGCAUCCUGACUGUGCACAGACAGUCUGAACUCAAUGUCGGCUAGAGCACGCACACUGACAGUCACAACACCUCAUAUUAUAGGCAUGCAAGGUUAUAGUUUAUCAGUGCCAAACAUGUUGGUGCUUUACAUUUGUACUGUAAUUCAGCACUGGAACAGCCACUCAUUCAAGCUACAAACAGUUCAUCCCCACAGUCUACACAGCAACAGACACUCAGACUUCUCAAUGAUUUGGCACCAAGUAUACAGUAGUAGGAAUUCUUCAAAUGUACUUUGAAAAGCACAACAUUAACAGUGUCUAUGAGGGCUGGACCUACAAUAAGUGUGUUCUCAUUUUCCACUCUCAAUAUUUUAACAAUGAGUUAUAUAUCAAAGUGCAUAAGAGAAAACUAGAAAAGCCAGAACCACGGACAAGGUGUCACAUGAUAGUACUCUUUGAAGCCAUAGGCAGAACAAUUCUUUAACCCUCUCAAAUUGGUGAGAAUUAUUAUCUCACACAUCCCAAUCAACAAUCAAAUAUUCAGAAUAGGGUUAGAAAAGCACACCUGGUUUUGUAAGAAGGAAGUCGAACUCUGCAUGUUUUAGCUGUAUUUCGAUCAAUUUCCCUCAUCUUCCCUCAUCAAGAGUUUAUGUUAAGAAUCAUUUUUUUCACUGUUGCACAAAAUCUGAAUUAAUCAGAUGUUAAUUUUACUAAGAUUAUGACAUAUUCUACAUCUUAGUGAUAGAGAAGUGGAUAUGUUUUUUUUGUUGUUCUUAUAGCACCAUUAUGUCUGGAUAAAUGGUGUAUCAUGUUGUAUGGCAUGGGAGGAAUGGUACGCAUCUUACCCUGUCCCUCAUAAUGUUGUGUUUCCUUUAUGCACUGACGCAAGUUGUUGUAAUCUGCCACUUUCUAGACUAUUUAAAUAAGAAGGUUCAACCCACUCCCUGCAUGGUUGGUUCUCCAAGAGUUAUCCACCCAUGCCUGGUCACAUUUGAUCGGUCUUUCCCCAGGAUUGAAACCAGCACUACCUGGUUACCAUCAUAUGAAUGAAUGACUCUAGUGUGCUAAAGACACGAUCCCAUGCAUGCCCUGCAGAUCCGCGGAAAAAAAAAAAAAAAAAAAAAAGCCCAAAGACAUUCAGCAUUCGACUUCUGUUUGCUAACAUUAGCACGUGUUGCUCCAUAGUGUUUCCUCGACCCCAGAAAGUUGUGGUGAUCUCUGACCUCUGAGCCCGAUGUGAAAAAGUGUGACAUCCCUCCCUCUGUAGCUCCAAACACACCAUAUUUGCUGUGCUCCAUAGAAAUGUAUAAGGUUUUUGUAAUACUCCAAGAAAAAUGAACUAACUCUUUUAUCAGUCUUUUCCUGUAUGUACGGAGGGGCACUGUAAGGUUUAGUGGGGUUUUUAACAUUCACAUCAUUGUUCUAACAAUGUUCCAUUUUAUACGAACCAGUAUUGUUUGUUUUUUUUCUUCUUUUUGUUCUGACAUUGUAACAACCCUUUCAGGUGCUACAAAAUGACCAGUUACUGCUUUGUCACGUAGGAUCUAGACAUCUUCAUUGUUAUCAAUAGAUUCAAUUACCAGAUGUGCAAAAUACAGCAUAUUUUAACAGACAGUUUAAUAGUAGAACACUUCCCCUACCAGACACUAGAGCAUGUAACUUGAUUUUAUCAGUUCUGUUCAACUGUAACAAUACAUUAAAGGUGUUGUAGAAAAAAUGUGGAAUUGAUUAAAACAUAUGUAAUUCCACAGUUAAUUUAUUCUUUUUUCUAUUAAAAAUUUGUAUAGUAACUUUACAUUUUUCAAAACUGUGUUGUUGGAAAUUGAUGAUGAAUUUUCAAGAGGAGAAGCAGCGGUGGUUCUUGAGAGUAAGAAAAAUAAAUUAUUGAUGAAUGUUCUCAA